AUGGACAAGGACGGGGAUGGUAAGGUUUCCACGGAAGAAUUCUUAGAACAUGCUCAGAAGCAGGCUUCUGGUGAGAGCAGCGAGGGCGUCUGCACGGACGAGACCUGCUCUGGCCACCAUCAUGCAUCGCACGGAGAAGGGGGAGAGAGCGCGGCAGGCAUGCCGACGAAAGAAGAGAUCGAGGCAGCGAAAGCUGAAGUAGCGGCGGCAGUGGCUAAGGGGCUGCCGAUUGAGAUGACCAACGCAAACACAGCAGCCAUUCUUGACUGCACCUCCAACAUCUUCGUGAAGCUUCCCUCGUUCUUCCUCGUCUGCCAGUCAGUAUCGUGCGACAUGGUUCAAUAA